UUCUGUAUUAUAUAAAGGGCACUUGAGUGAAGAAUUUGCACUUUCAAGUCAAGUCUAAAGGUAUCUGCUUGCUAUAUGACAACAUCAAGAACUUCAGGAACGAAAAUGAAGACUUUGAUCAUUUUCUGCAUCGUGGCUGCUAUAUCGGCUGAGAAGUUCCAGAUGAAAUUGGAAGAGAAUGGUGAAAAAUUUGCAGAGGAAAUCGAGGUCGAUGUUGCUGGAAACACAGAGGAGAUAAAGGUUCCCAAGCAUCAAGACAGGAUGCAAGUCGACCUUUUGAAUGACUUCAAUAUCGGUUUAAGUGCCACAAAGUUACCAGCUAUCAAGAAAUGCUAUAUAUCAGCCAUUGGCACAACUGAGCAAAGCCCACAGGGAAUGAAAGAAAGCUUAGAGAAGACACAUGCUCGAUUUCCAACUGAAAGAUACAUGGUAAAGACACGUAGCGAUUUGAUUGUUCGGAGAAUGACAGCUGACGAAGUUGGGGAAAAGAUUGUUGCUCACUGUGGUGGAUACGAAAUGCUUUAUACUGUUGAUGUCAGCCAGGGAAAUGUCGAGAAGGUUGCAAUAAGUCUUGCAGAAGAGGUUGCAGGAAAAACAAAAAGGAGCACAAUUAUCAAAAGGUUUUUUGCAUGCAACCUCGAGAGCACAAAUGUCAUAAACACUUGCAGAAACAAAGGAAAACUUGGUGCAAGAUGCUCCUUUUACAGAACUGACCUCAGACGGUGCAUCUACGAAAUUGACUGCCCCGCAAACAUUUCAGAUAAGGGUUUAUCUGCAACUUGCAAAGGAACUCAUCAAUUCAAUUUGCUGCAAUGCUGCGAUUUCAUCUGUUUUCCAUUUGGAAAAUAGACUUUCAAACUGCAUUCCUUCUAUCGUAACUUGUAAAAUCCACAGAUUGGUCAAUACAAUAUAAAAGAAUAACUAA